AUGUGUGUGCUGACAACAAACGCCAAAGGUCCAGCAAGCUCCAAAGUACCUUGGUGUGCGUCUGGAUCGGACACUGACCUUCAGACAACAUCAAGAGGAAGUCAUGGCCAAGGUGACAUCUAGGGUUUCUCUGAUUUGACGCCUUGCUGGAACAACUUGGGGAGUGUCUGCUAAGACUCUGCGAAUAUCAACCCAAGCCCUGGUAUUCUCUGCAGCGGAAUACUGCGCCCCUGUCUGGUGUGGAAGUCCGCAUGCAAGCAAGGUUGACGUGGCUAUCAACAGCGCACUCCGAAUUAUAACUAGAUGCCUGAAGCCUACACCAGUGUCCUUCUUGCCAGUCCUCACGGAAAUAGCCCCAGCCGGCCUCCAACGGGAGGCUGCCACCCUUGCCCUGGCCAAAGGCAUGAUUUGCAUAUCCGACACAACACCACAACAACAGCAGUGCCUCCAAGCAGACUCAAAUCCCGCCACCCCUACAACAAGGCAGCACAAGAGCUACUCAAUUCCACCUCUGAGGACAUCUCCAGAGAUGCUUGGCUGGCAGCAGCUUGGAAGUGGCGGUCAGCUGGGCCUUCUCGCAUCCAUUGUUACAUUCAGGACCCAGGAGGUGGCGCCAUCGGAAGAGACGACCUACCACGCCGACAAUGGACAACACUGA